CCACGAACUAUAUCCACGACAGUUGCCUUCAGACAAUGUUAUAAGAUUCACCGGACACGAAAAGAAAACAGAUUCAAUGGUGCGUUCAGGUGUAUGUGUACCUCAACUAGUUGGAACUGCGGUUCAUGAUCAGUCACACCUUUGGCCAUGUCUGCCCUGCUUUGAGCAUGCCAUCCAAUGCUGCCAUGAAAGAAACGAUACGCGUAAUCUCCCCGCAUCCUGUUUCCAUUUUCAGAAACAGACGAUCAUUGAGGCGAAGAACGUGGAAGCUUCUCACACCCCGCGGUUUGUGGUGUUUCGGCAGUCAACCUCAGAGGAGAGCUCUGCCUAUCAAUUGCAAGUCUCCUUGGACGCCAUUCGUCCAUUACACUGCGAUCUGCCAGCUGAGUUUCAGCACAAGAGCGCUCACUCAGCCCGUCAAACCAUGACAGGCAUCUCGAAACUGCUCCUCGCCGGAACAUAACCAUCACAGUGUGGAGUGUCGCAGCCAGCCGCCGACCCUCUAAACGCGGUUCUGUUGGUACUGAAAAGCCUGGCUAUUGAUCGGUGCCCUCCAUCAAUCCUACCCUACGUAUGGGCUUUCGGGAAGAACGAGGUGGAUGGCAGCUCGACCUCCAUCAUCAGAAGCCGGUCUUCUGGUCGACAAAUCGUGCAGAAUCGUAGAGGUACUCUAAGAUCAUGAACGG